GAUGAAUUACUUAUGGCUCUAAAAGGUAAUAUUGAAGCUGUAGAUACAUUUUUUCUUGAACUCAAUAACAAUAAUAUACUAUUUGGUGGAAAAAUAUUUAUUGGGUUAGAAUCAAUUAAAUCAUCUUCUAUUUGGAAUUUAUUUGAAGUUUAUGACCUUCAGCAACCU